AGCGGUCCUGCCUGAGCCGCCAUUUUUGCAAAGGGAAAAGAGACAGGAGAGUGGAUACAGUUUCUAUCAGUCAUUAAAGGUAGGACAGGGAAUUAAACGGUUCGGGACGUGUGAAAACCCAAAAUACUAGCUUGGGAGUGACGUUGAAAAGAAUUAGAAGGAGUUGUUGAGUUUUUUUUGUUUUAUUUUUUUUAUUUUUUUAAGGUGAGGGGUUGAGUUGCAUUAACAUUUCCCCCUUUGAAGAUCCGCAGUGGAGACGGUAGUAUUGUUUUGGUUGUGUGGAGGCGAGGGCGGCGGGGUCUCACCGGGUCCCCGGUUCCUUUCUUCGUUUCAUCUACAGUGGACAUUAACGGCUUGGUGGAUGCACUUAGAUGUCUGCAAUGAGCGCUGUGGCUGGAAUGCCUCCAUCUUUUGGAUCCCCACGCUCCGGACUCAGUAGGACAAGGAUUUCUCAGAAGGGAACGUCAUGAGCAUAGGGGUCCCAGUAGGGCAGGACGUGAGCGACUCCUCGUAUCUGAACAUGGCUGCUGGCUCAGAGCCUGAAUCAGUGGAGGCCAGCUCUGUGCUGGUGAAGUACAGCUACCCCCACCAGGGCUACGGCAGCAGCUCUCAGCCCACGCACAGCUACGUCGGCCUGCCCUAUGCUGACCACAACUACGGCGCGCGGCCCCCACCCACACCGCCAGCCUCGCCCCCGGCGGUCCUGAUCCGUGCCAGCGAGAGCCUGUUUGUGCCUGGCCACCAGGACGAGGCGUCCCGCGGCACCACACUCAGCACCUCCGAGGACAGCAGCUAUGGGGCCGAUGUCACUCGCUGCAUCUGUGGCUUCACCCACGACGACGGCUACAUGAUCUGCUGCGACAAGUGCAGUGUGUGGCAGCACAUAGACUGCAUGGGCAUCGAGCGGCAGCACAUUCCUGAGACGUACCUCUGUGAGCGCUGCCAGCCUCGGAGCCUGGACCGCGACCGGGCCGUCCUGCUGCAGACCCGGAAGCGGGAGAACAUGUCAGAUGGAGAUACCAGCGCCACAGAGAGUGGGGAUGAGGUGCCGCUGGAGCUGUACACGGCCUUCCAGCACACGGCGGCCAACAUCGCGCUGAGCACAGCCCGCACGCCCAGCAAGCAGGCCGAGAAGAAACGCAAGAAGAGCGUGGACAAGGAGCCACCUGCAGCCCCUGCCAGGGCCAAGAAGGCUUUUCGUGAGGGAUCCAGGAAGUCCUCCCGCGUAAAAGGCACCGCUCCUGAGGUGGAGCCCACGGACUCGCCCUCCCUGUGGGAGAACACGAUCAAGGCCUGGGUGGAGCAAUACGAGGAGGCAGGCAGUAAUCGCUACAGCGAGGAGAUGCAGCUCCUGCUGAGCAUGAAGGGGCCGGGGGAGGCCAAGGCGGCCGACUGCAGCAGCCACAGCGCCUCCUUCAAGCCGCCGGUGGAGAGCCAGGUGCAGAGGAAUAAGAAGAUCCUGAAGGCUGUGCGCGACCUGCCGGCGGACGCGCUCAUCAUCGAGUACCGCGGCAAGUUCAUGCUGCGGCAGCAGUUCGAGGCUAACGGCUACUUCUUCAAGAGGCCCUACCCAUUCGUACUCUUCUACUCCAAAUUCCACGGGCUGGAGAUGUGCGUGGACGCUCGCAGCUUCGGCAAUGAGGCCCGAUUCAUCCGCCGGUCCUGCACCCCCAACGCAGAGGUCCGGCACGCCAUCGAGGGCGGUACCCUGCACUUGUAUAUCUACUCGGUGAAGCCCAUCACCAAGGGCAACGAGAUCACCAUCGACUUCGACUAUGACUACGGCAGCUGCAAGUACAAAGUGGACUGCGCGUGUCUAAAGGAGAACCCCGAGUGUCCGGUGCUUAGGCACAACACGGAACCCACGGAGAACCUGAGCUCUGGCCCUGAGUCGCGGCGCCGCCGCGGCCGCAAGGACAAGGAGGCGCCCCGCGAGCGGGAGAGCGAGACGGCCCAGAACCAGAACGUGUCGCUGGACUACGAGGGAGCCAAGGGCAAGGCAGCCUGCGAGGCCAAGCACAGGAAGAUGUCCCCACUGCGCCUUUCCAUCUCCAACAACCAGACGCGUGAGGAGAGGAAGAUGGAGGCCAUCCUGCAGGCCUUCGCGCGGAUGGAGAAGCGGGAGAAGCGGCGGGAGCAGGCCCUGGAGCGCAUCGGCACCAAGGUGGACGUCAAGGAGGAAUCCCCUGCCACUCCCGAGGCAGAGGCCCCCAGUGUGGUGCAGGUGCUGAAGGAGGAACCGUCAGCCAAGCCGAGCGCUGCCAAGGUGAGCCGGGCCAAGCAGCGCAAGAGCCUGUCGCGGAGCCGCACCCACAUCGGGCAGCAGCGGCGCCGCACACGCACCGCCAGCACCUGCUCCGACCUGCCGCCCGCCUCACCUGGCGAGUGCCCGGAGGCCCCGCCCCCCGAGGCUGGCGAGGAGCCCGUGCCCCCCAUCCCUGAGCCUAAGCCGCCGCCAGCCCAGCCUCCGGACACCACCCCCCCACACAGCAGCUCGCCAGCGCCCCCUAGCCGUGCCACUAACAAGUACCCCAAGACUAAAAAGCACUUAAUGAGCGAGUGGAUGGUGGAGAAGCAGGAGUCCCCGGUCUGCACGCCGGAGCCCCCCCCGGAGCGGCCGCUGCGCAUCAGCAGCGACCCUGAGGUUCUGGCCACGCAGCUGAACUCGCUGCCGGGCCUGACCUGCAGCCCCCAGGUGUACAGCACGCCCAAGCACUACAUCCGCUUCUCCUCGCCCUUCCUGUCCGGUCGCAGCCCUGGCACCCCGGGCGUGCCCUCUGCCCGCCGCCGCUCCCGCGAGCUCCCAGAGACCCCUCCCACGUCGGGCUCCUGUAAGAAGCGCUGGCUCAAGCAGGCCUUGGAGGAAGAAGGGUCUUCCAGCCCGACGGGGCGGCCGGCCCUCUCCCUACCCCGGGAGGGGCCCCUCAGCCCCCCUGUCAACGGCGACUUGGAUGGCCUGCUUGCCCUCAACGGCAGCUGCACUUUACUCGAGCUCCCCGCCCCCCUUAAAAAGCGGCGGCUCAGCCCACUGGACGCCUGCGUGUCGGAGGGCUCCACCCCUUAUGGAUCCCCUUAUGCCACGCCCACCCGCCCCGACCUCCCAGAAAUGCCAGGCGGCCCCCUGAGCCUGUCCACACUGCCGCGCCCCCGCUCUGAGGACCAGGAUACUGAGGUCACGCUCUCCACCACACCGCAUGGCCCCCCCAUGGGGCCUCACCCCACCCACCUAGAGAGUGAGUCUUCUCCGGAGAGCUCCCCCGAAGGCAGCCGGAGAGCCAGCACUCAGGAGGCGGAGCUCUCCCCGUCGCUGCUCUCCUCGCCCUCCCUGCAGACCAGUGGCAUGGACCUCCCUCCCCAGGAGUUGAAGCCUGUGGGUACACAGAGCCCCCAGCCCUUAGAGCCCCAGGACUGCGGGCCCGAAGACUCAGGGGAGGUGGGGCUUGAGGGGGCAGUGGACCCGCCUCCUCCGGACCCCCCUGCCCCGUCAUACCCGUCCUGGGUGAAGAGUCCGGAGGGGGCGGGCCUCUCCUUCUCCACGGUGAACUCCAAUCUACGCGACCUGACCCCCUCCCACACGCUGGAGCCGGGGGCCUUCCGAGCAGAUUCCGGCUUGAGUUUCAGGGAGGGGGGGCUCUUCUACACCUGCGCCGACGAGGGGGGCACCGUGGCCAUGGCGCGUUCUCUGGGGGGGGACCUGCUGACCCACACCCCCCCGCAGAAAAAGAAGGUGUCGCUUCUGGAGUAUCGGAAACGCCAGCGGGAGGCCCAGCGCAGCGGCUCCAAGGUGGACUGCGACUCUCCUGGCUCUGCAGUGCCCCAUCUGGUGGGACUGUGCGGCGGCAGUGCUGUGGAAGGCUGCCCUGUCGCUGUCGAUGUGGCUCCAGAGCCAGGCAUCCAGUCUGGCCCUGAGGCAUUCCUGCCCGGCGAGGAUGGCGAGUCCCUGGGGGAGAGGGACGGCCGAGAAGGACAGUGGACAUCGUCCACCUCUGUGGAGCAGGCCAGGGAGCGCAGCUACCAGCGGGCCCUGCUGCUGAGUGACCACCGGAAGGACAGAGACACGGAUGCUGGAGAUGGCGAUGUUGCUGAGGGAGGGGCUCUGAGAGAGUGCCCCUCUCCCGGCUCGCACCGGAGCUGCCGCAGCCCACAGUCCCAUAAGCCGUGCUCACCUGGGCCCACUGCACCUCCUCAGUUUCUGAGUCGCCCAGGAAAGGAGGAGGAUAACGACAGCCAGCCUCGCACCUCCAGCAUCCAGCUCGCCUGCAAGCCACCUGGACCCAAGUCGGUCCCUCUGACCCCCAGCAAGCUGCACAGUGGGCCCACCGGGGCUCCCCAGAGUCUGUACCCUGGACCUUCGCUGCUGCAUUCCCCCAAGGCCCAACCCCAGGGCUCUCCCUACCGGAGUCAGCGCUCCUUCCUUCUGGGACAGCCUCAGGCUCAGGCUCAGGCCCCGGCUCCCACAGGCCCAGCAACCUACCCCCAAUUCAACCCCCAGGGUGCAGGCCUACCCCCACCCCCGCCGCCCCCCGCUCCUCCUGUCUCUGCUACCAUGUUUCCAGGCCAGACUGCCACCUCUGCGGGUUCCUUUGCUGGCUAUAAGCCCACGGUGGUGGCCCCCUUCGCUGCCGGCUCCCAGCCCCUGAUACAGACGCACCACACCUUGCAUUACCAGAGCUCAGCGGCCCCACCCCCACCUCCCCCCCCGCCUGCUGGAGAGCCUCCGCCUCCCGCCCCUUCCGGUAACCCACCCUUGCAGGCCGGGCAUCAUUUCCAGGCGAUGGGAGCUUUUCAGACGCCCCUCCUCCACCCGGGGGCCUCCAGCACUGCUGCUUCUGUCACACCCGCUGCCUACCAGGUCCACCAGCAGGGGGCGCUCCCUCCUCCGCCCCCGCCUCCUCCCCAGCAGACCGCGCCCACGCCGUCCCAGGCCACGCCCCCUCAGCUGCCCAAUGGCACACGGGGGGCUGCGGCCUCCUCUGCCCCUUUCCACAGCACAGGGUACCUUGGUUCGGGGUGGCACUGAGCCGCCUGCCCCGCAGCUCGCAGGCACACCGUGGCGUGACCUGUGAAUACCCUCAGAGUACCCGUCCACAAAGCAGAGGCAGAAAGGGUACUUUUUAACAGAAAAAGACUAAAGAAAUCCUGUAAGGAGACUUCACAGGAUGUCUCACAAAUCACGGUGCUCAUCACCAUCCUCUCACACCUCCUGGCCGAGGUACUGGUCUCCUUUUAACUUUGUAGUCACCCCUGUCUGUCCAUUGUCCCCCCCCCCCCCAGAUCUAGCCCAUUCCAGCUUCCACACCCCAUUUGUCUGUUGAAGUCAUUUCUCAUUCUCUGUCCUUUGUCUGUCCUCUUAAACCAUUUAUUUGUUUAUUUAGUGGCUCAUUUUAGCAAAGAAAAUGGCUUUUUGUACAAAAGAAAAUACAGAAUUAUUUUUUUUAUUCCUUCAUGUAAAAAAAAGAAAAAGAAAAUAAUCUUUGCUUCAGUGCAGAGAUUGAUAAGAGGCUUCUGGUAGUCCACUUCACUGCCCCAGGAGUGUGCGUGUGAGUGUGCGUGCGUGUGUAAGGGCCGUGCAGUCCACGUGUGCGCACUGCAUGCGAGGUAAACUCGGCCUGAGUGAGGACUUACCUGUAGGUAGGGCGCUAGCAUCUUAUUUUUGAAUCUGAAUGGUUAUUUGUAGAAAUGUAAUUUAAUGUAGAGAUGGUUCGUCCAGCUCUCUACAGACACGUGUAAAUAGUUGCUUCUUUUGUUUUCUACGCUUGUACAAUUCGCUCCCAUCCCAUUUUGGAAUAUUGUUGUAAAUAAGAGCUCUCUUUGCAAAGCUGAAUGUUUCUGUGACAGUAGCACCGUUUUUAUCCUUAAUCUUCUCUGGAUUAUUACAUUUCACUUUCGUCUUUUUUAUUAUUUCUGGGUGCGUGCCUGCGUGUGUGUGUGUGUGUGUGUGUGUGUGGGUGCGUGCCUGCGUGUGUGUGGUUGUGUGGGUGCGUGUGUGUGUGCGCUUGUGCGAAAGAGAGACUCGGACACAGCAUUAGUUUGGCUGUUUUCAUGGUUCAUGAUAAUAAAUCACAGUAAUGUCGGUUUUAUACCAAA